AUGAUGGACGGCACUGCCAUCGUGUCGGACGACCACUUCGACCCUCCCUCGCGCCUUUUUGAGCGCCUUCGCCAGAUCGCCGGCUUUACCUGGGACGAGUCCCGGCUUCCCUUCCAUACAUCUUACGACAUCUGGCACGUUUGCGGUACCAGAUUUGUAUCUCCAUACCAGCCCUCCUCCUCUUCAUCCUUACCCGCCUCGAGUCCCGGUUCGAUCGCGAGACUACAGUCCGGUCGACCGUCGCCCUCCGAGCAUACGAGUUCCUCCAGCCUUCACUCGGGCCUACCCAGCGAUGCGAGCAGCGACUUCUCGGCUACCUCGCCGCCCGCAGUCCCCGCCGGCGCUGCAGAGAUAUCAUACGUAGAAGAGCCAGUGGUGGCUCGCGUCUCCUACCAUGUGCUCCGUGAGGAGAGGGCCUUCCAUAUAGCUAAGAACCUAUUUGCCACGGCCGACCCUCAAGGACUGCACAUUGUCAAGCCGCUCGACCUCAUCCGACUCGCUCCUCACCCCGGCGAUCGGGGUUCUAUUGUGGUCGCAAUCUAUCAGCAUCCCGGCCAGAACUACCUCUUUGAUCUGAUGGACAUGGGACCGGCAUUCUACAAGGCCAGGAAGGUCGACGACCGGUACGAGGCGUAUCGCAAACAGAAUUUGCGCUUGAAGCCUCCGAUAGACCUACAAUACUUCCUCGACUUUGCCAUUGGCGCUAGUCAGUGCCUGGAAAUCCUCCACUAUGGGCAGGUGAUUACGCAUGGAGAGAUCAGGCCGGACGCCUUCCACUUCAAUAUCGAGACAAACUCGGUCAAGCUCAUCAACUUUGGCACGGGGACGAGAUCCUUCGAGGGGGGCUUGUCAAGCACCUCAUGGUCGAGCCUAUCAAAAGAAUUGGGCGCCAAGAACAAGCUCCUCUAUAUUAGCCCGGAGCAGACAGGUCGUAUGCCGGCAGAACCUGAUAGUCGGACUGACAUCUACUCUCUUGGAGUCGUGUUCUGGACGUUACUCACACAACAGCCGGUAUUUGAUGGCGAGACGCCCCUCGAUAUUGUGCAAGGCGUUCUAGGGCGGAGAAUCCCCAAUGUAUCGCAAGUUCGGCUCGAUAUACCCGACGUUAUCGGACGCAUCAUACAGAAGUGCACGGCCAAGUCCGUCGCUGAUCGAUAUCAUUCGGCUAGUGGUUUGAAGCAUGACCUUCUCAAGGUGCAGCAAUUCUUGACCGACGGCGACUGGUUGGCGCUUAAGGAGUGGAAGAUUGGCGAAAAAGACAUCUCGUCCUUCUUCAUCCUACCCAGUAUGAUGAUCGGCCGGCAAAAAGAAAGAGCAGAAGUUAUCAGAGUCAUUGAGCGGGUCGCCAAGAGCCAUUCGAUGAAUCAAAAGUCUACAACAAACAACCGCUUCUCUGAUGGUUCGCAGCUCUCGGUUGAGCUCCCUGACUGCGGGGACCUGUCGAGCGAGGGCGCAAGCUCGGCAGAAGGCACGACACGUCGCAGCGGAUCCUUCACGCAUACUACGUCCUCUGAUCCUAGGCAGUCAAAGGCUAGUUUUGUUCCGUCCGUCCUAUCCGAUACUCAGACGAUAUCGGGCGACACCAUCGCCUCGUCUAAUUCCGGUCCGUUUGCGAGAAUGACCAGGCCGUGGGAGAGGCAAUGGGAAAGACACCAAUCGGUCUCGAUCGAAACUCGGAGUCUUAUUGAUGGUGUAGGUACGCCAACAGACAGCAACCGACUGAGUGCAGUGGAAUCAUCGUCCUCGAGUUUGUCACGUCAGCUCGGAUCGGCAAAGUUCCGUAGGCGCGGACACUGCGAGAUCGUUCUCGUCGAAGGAGCCGGGGGCUUGGGCAAGAGCUGCCUCUACCAGUCGACACUCGCUGAAGCCAGGAGGAGGGGAUACUGUGCCACGGCAAAAUUUGAUACCGCGCGCCGAACUGCGUUUGGACCACUGCUUAAGCUGCUGUCGUCACUCUUCAAACAGGUAUUCGGCGAGCGAAACACGGAUACCCCCUUUCACCAGGCGCUAAAGCAAUACGUUCGUCCGGUGUGGCCAAUGCUGCACAAAGUCCUUGGGCUACCAGACUUCCUCAUAGGCGCGCUUGACAGCUCCGUUCCUCGAUCAGUGUCCAUCACUCAAAGCAUAACUCAAAGUCGGUCCAUCAGGGCAGGGCUCAAGAGGCGUGGCUCGUCGCCGGGAAGCUCGCCGGGCCGCUUGAACAAGCCUACGGUCAUCUCUUCACAAGCGUCCCAGGACUUCCUGCGAGCUGGUGGAGCAACCAAAACCAUGCGAUUGAUGAACACCUUCCUCGACGUGCUUCGCAUGUUCACAUCCCACAAGUUCAUAUGUUUUGUGCUGGAUGACCUUCACUUUGCAGAUGAUGAGUCCAUGGAAUUGAUUACACAGAUCAUUGGGGCACGGAUGAAGAUGGUCGUCAUCAUAACCUACCGCCCAGAGGAGCUAUCACCGGAACAAGUUCAAUCUAUCAUCUCACCUCCCGAGUCCGAAGGCAAACCAAAGGAGGAGGUUCUUCCUCUGGCUUUGGUCAUACAGUCCAAAACAGCAGGCAACCCAUUCUAUAUGCGAGAGAUGCUGAGCGCCUGUUACCGGAAGAAGUGUAUAUGGUACGACUACAGAGACAGCAACUGGCAUUUCGACCUCGAUAGACUCUUCGAGCACUUCAAAGGCGCAAGCGACUAUGACAUACUCGAUACCGGUUUCAUCACACGGAGAUUGAGCGAGCUACCUCCAGCCUCUAGAGCGAUACUUGCAUGGGCUGCACUCCUCGGAUCUUCCUUCUCAUUCGAGCUCAUUUGCAGACUUCUGAGUGGCGAGUUCCAGUACCAGGACAAUGAAGAGGCAUCGUGUCAAGGUCCAGGCAACGAACAAUACCACGCGACGUACUCUCAGCAAGAAGCAAUCAACGGACUGCAAGCCGCGGUUCAGGCUUAUAUCAUCGUCCCGAGCGAGACAGACGAUAGAUUCCGCUUCGCCCACGACCGAUUUAUUCAGGCGUCGGCAGCAUUGAAGGAAUGCAACGCGCGAAAGAUGCAUUUCGUUAUUGCACAGACGCUUCUCAAGUACUAUUCAGUUGAUCCCAGAGCCAAGGACAACACCGCUGCGCACAUCUGCGAGUCUGUCGACAUUAUCAAGAAGCGUGUCCCUAGACGCCAGACGUACCGUAAGCUACUGUACGAGUGCGCACAGUCGGCCGUGGAGAAUUGUGCCCGCCCAACUGGCUCAAAACUUUACAGUACGGCAGUCGCUCUACUUCAGCCAGAUCCAUGGAACGACCAGCUUGAGGAUGUCUCGUAUGAUGAGACGAUGCAGCUGCAUCUACGGGCUGCGGAAUGCUAUCUGUACAUGAGCAAUCAUGCCGCAGCUAACUCCCUCCUAGAUACAAUUUUCCAGUGUGCACGAAGCCCUCUAGACAAGGCGCCAGCCUAUGUCCUCCAGUCCAGAACCCUAGCGCAAGGUGGCAAUGCCCGAGGCGCGCUGGCUGCACUGAAAGAAUGUCUACAGGCACUUGACGUGCAAUUCGAUGACGAACCCACCUUUGAAAAAUGCGACGAUCAGUUCGAGAAGAUGUCUGUGAGAAUACAGACCAUGGACAAGAACGAGCUGAUGAACCCGACACCAUCAACAGACCCCAGCUUGCCGUCUAUCGGUGCUGUGUUGGCAGAGACUGUCAGCGCUGCGUGGUGGAGCGACUACUUGCGAUUCUACCACCUCUCCCUCGUCAUGCUGGAUCUACAUCUCACUCACGGCGCUUUCCCUCAAUCAGGCAUGGCGUUUCUACAUCUCGGUCUCGUCGCUCUGGCCAGAUUCAACAUGGUGAGCUUCGCAGUUGAGGUGGGCAACGUCUGUAUUGAGCUACUUGACCGAUACCGUGAUCCCUUCUCGAUGGCUAGAGGCUAUAUGCUGUACGCCAACUUCAUCGGGCAUGUUCAAAUUCCGAUCGCCGUGGCGUUGACGCACUUGGAGGGCUCAGUCGACUAUGCGGCUGCAGCCGGUGAUCGGAUUUCCUCGAUACUCAGCUUUGGGCUUGCGGCGCAGCUCAAGUUCUUUGCGAGCGAGAAUUGUGCCGACCUCGAGGCUUUCUGCCAGUAUGGCUGUGAAGAGAUUCCAAACUGGCACCAUGAUACGCGGGGUGGCACUCUCCUGAUCUCCAUUCGGCAAGCUUGUCGGGCUUUGCAGGGCAAGACGCGGACAACCGAUCCCUCCGAGGUCAUGACUGAUGAUCAUCACAAUUCGGCAAACUACAAGUCAUGGCUGAGAGCCAACACUCAAAACGGCAAUCGAUCGGUUCUUUGGUAUGAGACUAUUGAGAUAGUUCCGCUCUUCAUCUACGGCCAUUACGAUCGCGCGAUUGAGGUCGGUGAGAUGUGUUACGAGUCCAUCCAGAACCUAUGGUCGGCUCGCAACAGCAGGCUAGUCAUCUUUUUCUACGGACUUGCUCUUGCAGGAAGGAUGCUUCGGAGGCUCAACGACCCUCGUCUAGAUCCCAGCAGUCUAGACGGCGAAACCGAGAGUAUUCUACGCACGCUGCGCGAACUGACCAAGCGAAUCAAGGAAUGGGAGGUAUACACCGAAGUGAACUACCUUUCAUGGUCCAGAAUCUUAGAGGCCCAAGUCGCGGAAUUGAACGGCGAUUAUGGGGGCGCGGUCAAGCUCUACGAGGAGGCUCUGGAUAACGCCGAGGAACAUAAUUACAUUUUCGAAGCGGCACUGGGCAACACACUGAUGGCCGGCACGCUCGUUAGACGCAAGGCUCGACGGCUAGCUCGCUCUGCCUUUAGGGAUGCCAUUGCGUUCUACCGUCAGUUCGGCGCCGUGGCCGUGGCUGAGCGCCUGGAGGAAGAACACGCCGUCCUUCUUCACAGCCCGACAAGAAACCCCAGAGCGAUAGACGCUGCGGUUCAGACCGACUUCGCCGGAGACAGCGGCACUGUUGACUACCGCGCUGUGGAUGGCGAAGAAGGGCCAGAAGGGAUGCAGCAGUCUAACCACACUGCAAUCGCCGAUAUAAAGGGCGAUCGGAUUGGUGCGUGGCGUGGCUCAAUGCACGAGCACAAUGAACCUGGGGCAGGUCUGCCAGCACUCGAUAUGAUCGAUUUGCACGCGAUUUUGCUCUCAUCCCAGGUCAUUUCCGGCGUUCUUCGGGUCGACGAGCUCCUCAAGACUAUGUGCGAUGUCAUUCUGCAGACUUGCGGAGGCUCUGCUACACUAGCCGCCAUUGUGGUACAAGAUUCGGAUGAGUCUGGGUGGUCUCUCGCAGCCAGCGGUGAUCCGGAACGGGGAGCGUCAGCUCAUAUCCCCGGUCUUCCACUUGCUGGUACCUCACUCGUUGCUGAGAACGUUAUUCUCUACUGCACGCGGUUCCGAGAGGCUGUCUUCAUUCCCGACAUCAUCAGUGACGAGCGUUUUGGUAACGUGAGCGAGGCUUGGCUACAACGGAAUGUCCUUAGCAAGGCCAUCAUUGCGAUUCCCAUCUGUCACGGCUCAAAACCGCUGCUCGGAGUUCUCUAUCUCGAGGGCGAGCCAGGGUCUUUCACCGAUCGUAAUGUGUCCGUCCUCCAGCUGCUAGUCAACCAGAUUGGCAUCAGUUACUCAAAUGCCCUAGCCAUGAAGGCCGUAGAGAAAGUCUCGGCAGAGAAUGUCUCCAUGGUUGCGCUGCAGAAGCGCGCCCUUGCAAAGGCACUGGAAGCAGAGACAAAAGCCAAGCACGCUGAAGCUGAAGCCAAGCGUAACGUCAAGCUCGCCGAAGAGGCCGCCAAGGCCAAGUCGAUAUUUCUUGCCAACGUUUCGCACGAACUGCGAACGCCGCUCAACGGUGUUAUCGGCAACUCUGAAUUGCUGAAGGACAGCGAGCUAGACAAGGACCAGCAAGAGAUGGCGGAUAAUAUCAAGGUGUCGGCAGAGCUGUUGUUGACGGUCAUCAACGAUAUUCUCGACUUUUCGAGAAUGGAGGCCGACAAGAUGAAGCUGUACGUGAUCGCUUUCAACCCAGAAGAGAUGGUUCGGGAGGUUGUUCGAGCGGUGUCCUACAGCAACCGGCAAAAGACGAAACAGAAGAACGUCAAGAUUAUACAGGAUAUUGACCUACCAUCUCUACUCAUCUUUGGAGACCCCAUCAGACUCCAUCAGGUCUUGGGAAACCUCAUCAGCAACAGUUUGAAGUUUACUGAGGACGGUUCAAUUACAAUUGGGGCUCGAGUGGAAUCUGAGACCAACGACAAAGCUACACUGCUCUUCAGAGUUCAGGAUACCGGAAUCGGUAUCCCGCAACAGCAAUUGGUCAAGCUCUUCCAGCCCUUCAGCCAGGCAGACACCAGCACAGCACGGAAGUACGGCGGCAGCGGCCUCGGUCUGAGCAUUUGCAAGUCGCUGAUCGAAACGAUGAUGAAGGGCAAGAUCCAGCUCGACAGUCAAGAAGGCGUGGGAACAACGGCAUGGUUCAAGGUCACUUUCGACAAGGCUAAGUCUGACGUUUCUGCCGGAGACGCGCAGCAAAUGAAGUCCCCUCCAGCCGUCGAGCGCUCUGCGUACCUCGAGCGCGGCGAGUCGCCUAAUCCGUUCUUGGACCUCACCGCCGUUCCCAAAGACCAAAUUAGGAUUUGCGUCGCGGAGGACAACCCCAUUAACCAGAAAAUUGCCAUCCAGUAUGCGCAACGGCUGGGCUACACCACCGUGGAUGCUUACGAGAACGGCUUGAAGGCUGUGGAGGGCUUGCGGCAAAAGGCUAGGGAAGGUCGACCCUACCAUGUGGUUCUCAUGGACGUACAGAUGCCCGUGCUGGAUGGAUACGAGGCGACUAAGAUGAUUCGGAAGGAUUCUAUAGACGUUGUACGGAAGAUCCUCGUCAUCGCCAUGACGGCAUCGGCCAUUCAGGGAGAUCGAGAAAAGUGUCUGGCGGCAGGCAUGAACGACUAUCUCGCGAAGCCGGUGCGCUCGGAGGUGCUAAAGAAGAAGUUGGACACCUAUGUCAGCCCUCAAGCAUCCGCCGCCUCAUCUCCUGAUGCCAUCCGCUCUUCUUCCACUUCGCCGUCAUACAUAACUGCGGACCAAAACGGAGCCGCGGCGAAUUUUCACCUUCCAAUCAGAGACAAUCCGGCAUACAGCCGACCGUCCAACAGCACCUCGACAUCUAGCCGCCUAUCGAGCGACACAAGGUCCACUACGGACCCGGGAUCUAUUGCUGAGACGCAGUCGCAAGCGCCGUCGCAGAAACGUGCGUCUCGCAAGCUGACCAAGACACGCACCAGCAGCGAGUCGCUACCGGCCGAGAAACCCAGGGCAGUGCUUACCAAGAAAGCGCCGCAGCGUCAGGGCACGGCCUCGUCGACGGAUGAGAAUCUCAAGCCGGAGAAUUUACCAUACCAUACAAACCGCAAUAGUGUGAGUUCGCAGGGGUCCAGUAGCAGAGACAAGAUCUUCCCAAGCUAA